CGUCCGUCCCAACCAGUACGAACUACGAAGUGCUGUCCUUUGUUAUUGCCAGGUGUCACUUGUCAUGUGUAGUGUUUAUUUGUUGUGACUGCGUCUGUAAGGAGGCUUUCUUUUUUUUUUUUUAUGCGAAGGCGCUAUGUCACAACUCACUGAAUUUGAUAAAGGCCGGAUACUUGCUUUGUAUCAAGAUGGCUAUGCGAUCAGGGCCAUUUCCCGUGCCUUAGGAUUCAGCAAAUCUACAGUUCAUCUCUGGGUGAAGAGGAUGGCAAAAGAAGGCCACGUUACUUGUCGGCGUCGCUCUGGACGGCCACGGAUUACCACUGAGGAUCAAGACAAGAGUAUACGCCGUUGCGUUGAUGAAGACCCUUACAGGACAAGAAAAGAAAUUAAGAACAUGCUUCACCUAAGCGUGAGCAAGGAGACCAUACGCCGUCGGCUCAUCGAGCAAGGAGGCACUCAAAAGAAUGAAACCCCUCUUCAGUUUGCAAACCAGAGUCAACUGACUGAUGCAGUAGAAUCUCUCUGUAGUGUUGACAUGUCUUUGCCAGACACCAGCAGAAACUGUCCAUUUCAGUCACCACCUGCAACUGGACAGGAUGACAUUACUCCUGUUCUUGUUGGAAAUGGAGCAGACACUGAUUCAUUGUCUGAAAGACCAAAAGAUUCCUACCAGACAUUACAUCACAGUUCCAUUGAUGAUAACAAUGAAUCUGUAUCUGAGUUUCUUGUGCAAAGUGGAGGUGAUAGCAAUGCUUCAAGACAACUAGGACCAGGUGGAGGAGGUGGUGAAGGAGCACAAAAGGAGCAGCCCCCUCUGCACACAUGGGGAGUAGAAAAUGUGGUGCAAGCACUGUCUGAGAAUGGUGCAGCUAUCAACGCCAAGGACAUCCAGGGCAAAACAGCAUUACAUGUAGCCAUAGAAAACCAGCUUGAUGGUGUCGUUUCACUGCUGCUUUGUCAUCCUGAACUAGACUUGACUGUAAGGGACAAAGCUGGCCUAACGCCAUUUGCUGCAGCUCUCACAUACCGUAAUUAUGGAGUAGCACAGGCCAUUCUCGAUCGCAUGCCUGCAGCAGCUGAAGAGUAUGAUGAUAAGGGCCAGAACUUUCUGCAUAUUGCUAUCCAUAAGGAAGACAUGGAGACCAUUGUUUUUCUGCUUUCAAUCCAAGUAGACGUCAACUCAAGAGUGCAAGAUAGUAAUCAGAUGCCACCAUUGCAGCUCGCUGCAGCUGCUGGAUCAGAAACGCUUGUCAGGUCCCUGAUGCUUGCUGGAUCAAGGGUAGAUGACCGUGAUGCCCACCAAAGAACAGCUUUGCAUGUUGCAGCGGGAGCAGGCCAUGCAGCUGUUAUAUCAGCUUUGCUGCAGAAUGGUGCUGAUGCUAAUGCUGUAGAUUCAGAAGGAGAUAACGCAUUGCAUAUAGCUUGCCGUGAAGGUCAACGAGGCUCUGCACUUGUGCUCCUUACUGAGUCACAGUUGGAUGCUGAGGCAGUAAACCUGAAAGGGAGAAAUCCUCUGCAUGAACUUGCAGGGGCAUCAAAGGACACUGCAGCUGGAAUUGCUGAAAUGUUCAUAGAAUGUAUUCCACAUUAUCCACUUGACAAACCAGAUGUUGAUGGCAACACAGCUCUUCUUUUGGCAUACAUGGAAGGCAACGGGAAUUUAUGCCAUACUCUGGUGAGAUUUGGAGCUAGCCUUUGCACUAUGAACAAGGAUGGUGUUACAAUUUUCGACUCCCAAGGUUCAACAAAGGAGCUUCUUCGUAGUUUGCUGGAUAAUUUAUCCCGGGAGCCACAUUUUACAGAAGGUGACAUUUGCUUGGAGUGUGGAAUUAAAUUUGGAGGGAGCGUUCAUAAACAUCACUGCAAUCACUGUGGGCGAAUCCUGUGCAGCAAGUGUUCAGACAGAGCUGUACCUAUCCUGAAGUUUGGAUUGAACAAACCAGUCAGAGUGUGCACUGUAUGCUUCAGUGUGUUACAGGGACCUGGUUAGAAUGAAGUACUUCUGUUCACUUUCCCCCAAUUCCUUUGUGUAUAUAAUGUCAACAUACAGUAAUGUUGUUUUCUCUGAUUUGCAUUUGCUGGCUAGAAUAAUGUUGCUUGGAAUUAAUUGUUAAUUACUGAAAAAUCUAAGAAUGUUAAUGCAUUUUGAUUAUAAAGACGUGUGUGUGUGUGUGUGUGUGUGUGUGUGUGUGUGUGUGUGUGUGUGUGUGUGUGUG